AUGGCGGCGGCCGGUGCGCGCCCUGCUGCGGAGCGGGUGGGGCAAGUGGUGCUGCCCGGGGACGCGCUGCUCCUGCCGGGCUACGCUGAGGCGGACGGCGAGCGGCUGCGCCUGGCCACCGGCGGGCCUCAGAAGGGGCGGCUGGUUUGCGGGCCGGGCCUGAGGCGCGGCGGGGAGGGCCUGCUGGUCACCAAGUGCGGGGUGUUGCGCUACCGCGGGUCCGGCGGAGGACAAGGAGGCGGUGCGAGUGGUUCCGGAGGAACCUAUUGGGUGGACUCGCAGCAAAAGCGGUAUGUUCCAGUCAGGGGCGAUCACGUGAUUGGCAUAGUGACUGCCAAAGCUGGGGACAUAUUCAAACUGGAUGUUGGAGGAAGCGAGCAAGCAUCUUUAUCCUACCUGGCAUUUGAAGGUGCAACCAAAAGAAACAGGCCAAAUGUGCAGGUGGGAGACCUUGUUUACGGCCAGUUCAUUGUUGCAAAUAAAGAUAUGGAACCUGAAAUGGCCUGCAUAGACAGUAGUGGCCGAGCAAAUGGAAUGGGAGUAAUUGGACAAGAUGGCUUCUUAUUCAAGGUGUCGUUGGGCUUAAUAAGAAAGCUCUUAGCUGCGGACUGUCAAAUCAUCCAGGAUUUGGGUCAACUUUACCCAUUUGAGUUGGUGUUGGGAAUGAAUGGAAGAAUUUGGGUGAAAGCCAAAACAAUUCAACAGACUUUAAUAGUGGCAAACGUCUUAGAAGCUUGUGAACACAUGACUGCAGAACAGAGAAAGCAAGCAGUUGCCAAACUGUUAUAGAACUGAUGAAGGGAAAAUCUUGUUUUUGUUUUUUAGUUUAUAUUGUAUAUGGAAAUAAUGAGAUAUGCUUCUUAUUUUUUAUAUUUAAGAUAAUAAAUGUUUUAUUACUUUUAA